AUGAACCUCAACACGUCAUUUGCCACAUAUAAGAAGGCAUCUCUGAGAAGGUCCCGCUCAAGUAGCACCGAUAAGUCACUUUUGUCGGUACCGAACUCGUUUACGAAUGACAAAGAGGCUCAACACGAAAGAACAUGUUCUGCGUCCUUGUCAAAUUUUACACAAGUAGGCACGGCGAAAGUCACCAAAUAUAGCGUACUAUAUCGGAAAUUCACAGCAAAAAAGAACAAAACAUGGGAGGGUGAUGGUGUUCUACAGUUCAAUAGGUCAACCAAUAUGGGUAUUAUCAAAAAUGAGGAUGGGAUAGUUAUUGCUAGAUUAAAAGAUGCUAGCAAGUUUAUUUCUAGAAAUAUAGAAUUUAGGUCCUCGGGCUACGAGUUUGAAAUAGACGAUGAAAUAACAUCUUCUGAAUUUUCGGGAAAUUCUUCCCCUUUAAUCAGUGUCACAUCGAAUUCGAACAUCCCCUUAGAUUCUUCUCGUUAUAAAACGAAAAACUUUGUUUCACCGUUAAUUUCAAGAUCAAAAGCCAAUAACAGCGUGAAUGCUCAAGAACAACCAGAACAACUGCCCAAGCGGAAACUUACGGUACCUUUAGUUUCUGCACAGAAGCCCAUCACGACACCGCUUCAGGGCAUCAAAAAGCGAAAAGUGACAGACGCCCCACUAUAUGACACAAGUAUGGUUGAGAAUCCCUUAUUUAUGCCGGAUCUCCCAAGGAGUAUAGACGAAUCAGAGAUUCCAAGGAAAGUAGUUAUUGAUCCGUUACUUUCAGAAAAGUUGAGACCGCAUCAAAGGGAAGGUGUUACGUUUAUGUAUUCUUGUGUUAUGGGGAUUUCUGGCAAUGAUAUCAGAGGAGCUAUUUUAGCAGACGAAAUGGGAUUAGGGAAAACUUUACAAACCAUAACGUUAAUUUGGACUCUUCUACGUCAAUCUCACAUUGCCGGUACCAAACCCGUCGCCGAUAAGGUUUUGAUUUGCUGUCCCGUAAGUCUAGUCAAUAACUGGAAAAACGAAUUUAAUAAAUGGUUGGGAUUGAAUAGACUUGGUAUAUGUACGAUCAACAACAAUAAAUAUUCGAACGAGAUACAAGACAUACAGCUUUUUGCGAGAAAUAGAGUCCAUCAAGUCAUGAUUAUAGGCUAUGAGAAGAUGCAAUCCAUGUCAGAACAUAUAAAGCAAGUGAAGUUUGACUUAUUAGUCUGCGAUGAAGCGCAUCGUUUGAAGAACAGUGAUAAUAAAACAAUCAAAACAUUGGAAAGCUUUAAUAUUAGGAGGAGGAUACUGCUGUCAGGAACACCAAUUCAAAAUGACUUGACUGAAUUUUACACAAUGGCCAAUUUUACUAACCCAGGAAUUUUAGGAGAUUUGAAAACAUUUCAAAAAGAGUUUAUUCGUCCCAUUUUAGAUUCUAGAGACUCUAAUUGUCGUAGUACAAAAGUAAUUGAAAAGGGUAGAGCUAAGUCUCUGGAGUUGAUGAAAAUAACUGAAAGGUUCAUUCUCAGAAGAUCAAAUGCUGAACUAACUUCUUAUUUACCAAAACGAUCAGAUUAUAUUGUUUUUGUCCCUCCUACACCUUUACAAUUGCAGCUAUUUAAAACCAUAAUAGAAACAAAAAAAUUUAAGCUCUUUAUUGAAAAUGAAACUACCCAGAAUAGUUCCUCAUCAUUCAAUCUUAUCAAUACAUUUCGGAAGAUCUGUAAUUCGCCCUCUCUAUUACAGUCGGAUGGAUUUUUUUUGGAAAUUAGUGAACGAAACACUCAGUCUCAGGAUGAUGUAGAGUUCAGAAGACAACUUGGAAAGAAAGUUAAAAGUGGUAAAAUCAUGUUUCUCAUCAAACUCUUGGGAUUAUUGCACUCACAAGGGGACGAGAAGGUUGUUAUUGUUUCUAACUUUACCUCUACUCUAGAUAUAAUUGAAACAUUAUUCAAAUCUUUGAAUUUGAAAUUUUGCAGGCUUGAUGGAUCAACCGCUUCUAAUGAACGAAUGAAGAUAGUUGAUAGAUUCAAUAAGUCAAAAGCUGAUGAUACAUUUGCAAUUUUGCUAAGUGCAAAGGCUGGUGGGGUUGGAUUAAACUUAGUCGGUGCAUCUCGGUUGAUUCUGUUUGAUAAUGAUUGGAAUCCAGCUGUUGAUUUACAAGCAAUUGCUAGAAUCCAUAGGGAUGGCCAAAAAAGAGACGUAAAAAUCUAUAGACUUCUCACAAAUGGAUGUAUGGAUGAAAAAAUAUUCCAGAGGCAAUUGAUGAAAAUGGAUCUAAGUGACAAAUUUUUAGAUCAAAGGGGUGGAGAAAAGGAGUUAUUUGAUAGGUCAGAUAUAAAGGAUAUUUUUAAUGUGCAGUUUGAAAAAAUCAAAAGUAAUUCCUACUGCAAUACUCAUGAGUUGAUGUGCUGUGAUUGCGAUGGAAAGGGCACUAACAAUGAGAUAGACCAAGAAGAUAGUACCGGCACUAAUUCUGACGAUGAGAACGAAUCAAAUGACUUGACGGAUAUCGAUAAAAGACAGUUUAUGUCUGCUUUGUCUUAUGCCGACAAAUAUCCCAAUGCUAGCUCUAAUCCUGAAGAUGAAUUACUUCGAAUGAAAAGAAAAAAGCUACGUAGGUGUAUGAAAGGAUAUAAACACAUCAACGGCUUGGGUAGUAAGGAAAGGUUUAUAUCAACGGAUGAUGAUAUCUUGAAUGCUUUAAUAAACAAUCAAGAUCCAGAGAAACCAUUAAUAUCCUACGUUUUUGGAAAAUUCUGA